UGAAAGCAGGGACAGAGUACGCGCUACUCUUUUAACCACAACCAAAAAUUGCAUUUGUCCUUUGGCAGCAGGCGGAAGCGCUUUGGGACAAACAUUAAGUUUGCCAGCAGGCUAGAUGUGAAGAGCACGAGGUUUGCCGCUGGAACAAAUGGGACGAGGUGGAGAGUCACUUUUAAAAGUUAUUCUGUGACUGAUGAGUUUUUUAUUGGACAGGCCGAAAAGCCACAGAGUCUCAACAUUUAGAUGAGACAUGUCAACAAUGUAAGUGGACAGAGACCUCUUGUGACUGAUGAGAAAACAAUAACAAGGUGAGAUUAUUAUUUAUCUAAAUAACAACUAACUUUAAGAAAGAUAUUCUUGUUACUAAACUUUACAAACCUAACUUGUAGCAGAGCAAAAGUAUUUUAGCGUUAGUUUUCUGGAUGGAACUCAGGACAAUGGGCUCCAUAGACUCCAGACCCAGACUGCGUAAAGUUGCCCCAUGUAAUAGUUUGCAAGAAAAUGGAGAUGAGUCCAAACCACAGUGGACCCUCCCUGCUCUCCCACUGACAACGGAGCAGCCAUCAGGACCUUUGGGACGGAGGAAGACGACUUUACCUCCACUGAAACAAGAAAUAACUCUUUCUUCCCUCUCAGAACCGCGCUCUGCAGGAACCUUCCCAUCAAAACAAAGCGACAAUUCAAGCAUCAUUCAUUCUCAUCCCCCCAGAAGACCCCAGGCACUGCAACCGCUGGCCCUUCAAAUUGGCCACACACGCACUGCCAAUCAAAUUGCCAUGGGCAGGAACUGCAGAGAUGGGGAUGUCCACCAGUUUUUUACAACCGGCCAGACAGGCACCAGCAGAAUGAUUCAGGGAGGAUUUCUGGAGGCCCAGAUAUCUCUCACUCAACAGACUCAUCAGCAUCGUCAAACUCACCUCAGACAAGCCAGAGACAAGAGAAGACAUAAAGCUGUCUACACAGCCACUGUUCGAAGCCCCAAUGCCGAAGGGAUCCAAAGGCUGAAACUCGUGAGAAGGCCCACAGAGAAGGACAUCUUCUGGGAUGAGACCACAGGACAAAGGUUGGACCCCAACUGCCUCCUGAAGCCAGAAUCUCUCUUUGAUGAAGAGACAGAAGAAGCAGCCGAACAAACAGCUUCCGUGCACUGCAGAUAGAAGAAGAGACUGAGCUCAUGGUCUUAAAAGCAGGAAGUAAGAAAUGUUCAACAAACUGGACAUCGGGGACUUUUUUUUUUUAGAUAAAGACGUAUCACAGACAAGUGAAAGGAAAACAGUGAGGAGACGGCUGUAGCUAAGUGCAGAGACGUAGUUGGAUGUGAGCUGAGUCUGCUUGAAGCAGUCAGACAGGGAGGAUAAGAGGAACAACAGGGAUCCUGGACUGUAAGCUGCAGCAAGAGCACUUUGUAUUGAGUAAUCAGGAUUAGAACAGAUAAAACAUAAAGUCAGAUGAUGCCAAUUAAUUACUAAAUAGCUAUUGCACAACUUGGCAAAGACAAAUCUACAUUAAAAAAUUCAAGCUUUCUGAAACGAUCAUGUUCUGUUGCUUCUUUUAUGGUUAGGCAUCAAAAUAAACUUACAAUGUGAUGAAAACUCUUGAUGUUGAAGACAUAUUCCUAAGUUUAUGGUGCCCUCUAGGGAUGAAAGUGAUGCACUGACGUGAGAAGUCUUGCUGGUGGGGCAGUGAAUGUGAAGCUCAUCUAAAAUUCUACAAUACUGAUAAAAAACUUCCUAAACAAAACUUGAGAUUUACUUCAAAGACUCAGGAUUCAGAUCGGCAAGCUUUGAAGCAGCUGCUCGUCUAUUAUUGGACUUUGGGUGAAAAGAUCGACACAAAAGGAUCCUCCAGUGUCCAAAGAUAUCCUGUUUUUUGAAAGGAAAAAAAGCCUCUUGAAGAAUAAUCAGACUGAAAACAGGAAACUGCUAAUUGCACCAUCAUUCUUGAAGUGGUCUCCCUGAGGCCGGCUCUUAGAGACUUAGAGAGGCUGAGAGGAACUGGACUCCCACCAAACACCUGGGGCCACAGCGGCUGAC